AUGAGUUCAGAUGAGGUGCCUGGAAAUGAGAAUGGCGAUGAUAAACCUCUCGUACCGAUAACUCCAGUUACAUCAAUACCAUAUGAUCGAACAGUGUCACAGAAUUUACGCUAUCUCGACGAUGCUCUGACUCACGCUAUCGAUCAGUUAAAUAAAUUUAACAGUGAAACCAUGUCGGAUCUGUCGCUCAAAUACGAAUUGAUACGAAAUAAUGAAAGUCGUGUUAUCGGCUUUUUUGCUCACCAACUCAUGUUAGUACAAAUGCAAAAUCCGGCCGGACAAAAUGGCGGAUUUCAUAGUGAUUAUCCCAAACUCGAUCGAUUCCUCUCUGUUGUCAAUAUAAACAAAAAAUCCAUUGAAUAUAUUGUACAGCGCAUGACAUUUGAUGAUCUUUUGAAUGGAAAAGCGGCCGUACGCGAAAAGCUUUUAUAUGACGCUGGAACAACUGAAAUUGAACGUAAAGACUUUCGCAAUGCAUUCAAUGCGCUGAAAGAUUGUCUUGAUUACUUUCUUCAUGGUGGUACCAACGAUCAUGGACGUUUCUAUUGGCAUAUAGAAACACCAUCAGCACCAGUGAUGACACCUUACGCCGCGCGUCAGCAUCGUUUGUCAGAUACAGUACUUUCAGUACCACUCAGUACGGAUUCUGAGAGAUCGUCGUCGGUGUCUGCGUCUCUAUCAACCGAAUUUGGAGCUGUCACAAAUACAAGCACACCAAUGACAACAACAGCAACAACAAACAAUCCAAGACGACACUAUCCGACACCGACACCACCACCACCUACACGUUCGACACAUUUAUCCGUCAAUGGAAAAAGAAAAUGUGAACAUCCCAGCAAAAAAAGCUCAGUUGAUCCUUCGAUAUUUGCCAAUGUGAAUCCGUCACGCACUAUGGAUUUACAAUUACCGGACGAUAGUUCAACAUCUCGUCGGAGCUCGUAUGGUUCAGAUACGGAUAACCGAUUGCAAUCCGAUGUCGAGUACAGUAGUACUGAAAAUGAAAUAUACAAUCUUCCGUAUCAGCUGGCAAAGCGUAAACUUUCAAUAAAAGCCUUCGAUAAAUACUAUUACGCGAAAGCACUUUCAAAAUUGAUCCAUCAAAAUGCAACAGCGUCGGAAUCUGAACAAACUGACGUAAAUAACAUCCUGCCAUUGAAUUCAUGUAAUCGCAAACAUCAUGACAAUAAACUUGUCACGAAACUUGCCAAGAAUCACUUAUGGAGUAGACCUGCUUUCACAGGGGGAACGGCAACACCGAAAUCACCAACGAUACGUUCACCAACUAUGCCCGGUUCGCCGAUGGGUUCCACACAUAAUAGUGAUACAGAAAAUGACCCUAAAUCACCAGAUACACCAUUUUACAACACACAGUCUCCCGUUAUUCGUCAUCGAAUGGCACAUAAAAUUCAGCACAAGUUCGCGAAAACACGGGUUUUCAAAUUUUCAUUAUGUGAUGUCUGCCGAAGAAAGCUAUUUCGAGGAAAGGCUUGUCUUCAUUGCAAGUACAAAUGCCAUAAAGAAUGCGUUCAACAAGCUCCCACUAAUUGUGGUUUCAGUGAAGGAAAAUUUCGCCGUGCCAUCGACAAUACUGAUAUUCAAAAUGCUUUCGCCAAGUCAACUCCAUUGACGCGGAAAUAUCAUUUCACUCCAUCGGAUAGUAUCAGUCCAACUCCGUCAACUCCAAUAUCAGCACCCGGUUCUCCUGCGCCACAUCCUUCGCUAGCUAGUUAUCAUUUCAGUGGGGUCAUACCAAAUGGAAGUCCAUCGAUAUACGUCAGUGAAUCUAUCUAUUGCACUCAAAAUGAUCCUGAUAGUUGGGUUGUCAUCGAGACUAAUACGAAAACAGCAUCAGAACUCCCGGAAUCUCAGUCCGAUAGUGAUACGAAUUCAACAGCUCAAACUGAUACUGGAACUAAUCUGACCGAUUCAACGAUAACACUAUCAAAUAGAUACUGCUCACAGUUAUCACAAAACGAUUCGAAACAGUCUGCUAGAGAUGAUUUUAAAUCAAAACUAGCAAUUUCAAUUGAUGAUGAUGUCGAUGGAGAUCCAGACAAACGAAGCAUGGAUUUACCUACUUCAAUCCAAGAUUGGGUAAUCGGUUUUAAUAAUAUUAAAAUGAUUGAGGAAGUUCGCCGAUCGUCUGGUUCAUUGAUGAAAGCACAUUGGCAUGGGGAACUUGCUGUAAGACUGAUAAAACCAAAUCCCAAAUCUACCGAUGUAGAAUUCUUGGAACAAUUUAAAAAUCAAAUAUUCUGCUUACGGAAAGUUCGACAUGAACAUUUGAAUUUGUACACAGGCGUUUGUAUCGAAAGUCCCAAUUUUGCUAUUGCUUCGAAUUGGAUUCGGGGUUCAACAUUAUUCGAAAUGAUUCACAUUCGCAAUGAUUCCAUUCCAUUCAAUUUAGCUGUUCAAUAUGCUGCACAGAUAGCUCAAGCUAUGAGUUAUCUACAUGAAAAGUCGAUCAAUCACAUGUCACUACGCACGACUAAUAUUUUCGUUCAAAAUAAUCGCGUCGUUCUAACAGAUUAUGGUUUAGUGCCAUUGAGUAAAUGCUAUCGAUACCAUGAACAACCAGCAGUGAUCGUUCCGCGAGGAUUUUUGAGCUAUUUAGCACCCGAAAUCAUACGAAAACUCGAUCCACGAAAUGAACAAACGCUUUUACAACACACACCUCAAACCGAUGUUUACGCUUUUGGAACGGUUUGGUAUGAACUUCUAUUUCGAGAAUUUCCCUAUGCAAAACAGCUCGCAGAAUACAUCAUCUGGCGAGCAGGAAAUUCCUUGAAACAACCAUUGAGUAGUGUACAUAUUAGUAAAAAUGCCAAAGAUAUUAUCAACCAAUGUUGGUCGUUUGUACCAGAUGAUCGUCCAGAUUUUGCCAUGUUAUGUAAAUCUUUGACAAAAAUGCCUGGUAAACGUUCACUAGUUCGAUCUCCAUCCACACCACUUCAAUAUCAUGGACAUCAAAUAUCGACAAAUCCAUUUAAAUAA